AAUGCACUGUAAGCACAAUCAUCUGUUAAAAAUACAUUCUAGAAAUUUCUACAAGUGUUUAACAAAAAAAAAAUAUAAAAAAAUCACCAAUUAUUUGGGUUUAUACGGAUGAAAUUUAGGAUAGGAAUUAGUCAUUGAUUCUCUCUCCAUGUAUGUGUGAUAACGCUAACUGAAUUGAAACUAAGGAAUAAAAUAUGGACGCAGCAAUUGCACAUUCAGAAGCUUCACUAACCAUUUCACAAACUGAAGUUAUUGCACAUGAGGAUAUAUCAGAUACGACGCCACGACCAGUGCUUAGACUAAGAUUGCAAAAGCCGAAGAACAGUAAGAAAGUUGUCUGGCAUGAAGGUACCGUUGACAAUGAACAUUUGAAUAAAAAGAAAUCUAAAUGUUGCUGUAUCUACAAGAAACCGACGGCAUUUGGAGAAAGCUCUUCGGAAGACGAUGAAGAAUGUCAGAAUUGUUUUGGCCAUCCAGAAAAACGACGUAAAAACCGUAAAUUUGACAAUCAAGAUAAUCCUCUUUUAGAGCAGAACGAUAAUUUUGACUACCUGCCAGCUGGCAACUAAAGAAAUGAUAAAUCGUAUAAGUCUUGUACAUUGUUAAACAAUUAUUUUCUCUACUUUAUUAGCUAGUAGUCUUCAAUUUUCAAUCACUGCAUAAAAUUCUUAGUUUUGUAUCUAUAGAUAACAUUAAAAAAAUAAUAUACAUAUAUUCG